AUGCGCGUGCGUAUAAGCGCGGAUGUUUCGACACCUUUCUUCUUCGUCACGAGCAUCGAUCGGCCGUAGCGCUGCAGAGGCCUGAAAACUGUAACCCUAUGCGUGCGCGAGACUUCCGAUCCGCGCAGGCCAAUUUCAUUAGCGUGGUCGUCGCCACGGUCGGAGCAGCUGGACUCACGGUAGGCUCUGUCAUGAGCGCGGCCAAGGCGAAGGCGGAGACUGCGAAGUCGCAGGGAGAUGUCAUCUUCGACAAGGCCUCAAGUGGUGCUAUCCGGAAUCGCACGAGCUUUAUGCACGACGCCAAAAACGAACUCAACGACCUGUUUGAGUACAUGCGCAAGUUCGAGCGCGAAACAGGCGUGAAGCUGAUUAUUGUUGCUUUCGUGGACGACCUGGACCGCUGCAUCGGUGGCGACAAAAUAUUGAAGAUGCUCGAAGCGGUUCAACUGCUGCUCAGCAUCCACGCGGCCCCGGUGAUCACCUUCCUCGCCAUCGAUCCACGUGCGAGUUCGGCGUCAUUUGGGGAUCUCCUGAGGCAGGAUCGACGCGACCGUCCACGCGCGCAGGUAUCGUCGUGUCGUCGAUAGAAGAAAGCUUCACGGAGGUCAUGCGGAACACGCACGUGACGGGCUGGGAGCUCGACGCGGCGCAGACUUUCGGUGCCUUCAUCGCUCGCGCACGUCGUCGCGAAGCCGCGCCAGCUUCAGCACACAUAGGUACCUAGACAAAAUCCUCCAGUUUCCUGUGUCGCUGCAGCAGCCUCCAGCACACAAGAUUCGGAACUACGUAGCACAUGUUGUGGAUCCGGUCGUCGUCAAAGAUGCAGCGACGGAUGCGGAUGGGUUCUACCAUUGGCUCGCUGGCCUCGAUUUCGAUAGUGAUAAGCAGAUUAUCGUGUUUCCUGAAGACGACAAAGUCUAUAACAGAAAUGGUCUGUUGUUUGAAUACGCGCGCGAGUUGCAUGCGAUGAGUGGGAACGCAGGGAUAUUUUCCAUUGAUAACCCCGUUUUCCAAGAAAUCAGAAUACAAAUUGAUUCAAAAUCUCGCUUCCAACCCGACGAAAUAGUCGUUCGGGGGAGCUUACCUCUUAACGGCAAGGCGAAAAUUUGGGCGGACGGCCACUAG